UCCAUACAAUCAAAUAUGUUUGCAAGUACGCACGUGUGUGUUGUACUGUUUCUCUCAGGUCACGUGACUCCUCCCUUUUCUAGCAUUCCCCUGCCGAAUGACCCCCCCCCCCCCUUUAUUUUCCCCCAGGUCGAAUCAGUCUCCAGUCGGGUCCAGGAGCUGAAAUCCAGCAAGAGGUUCCUGUCGACGACAUCACUCAACAUCGACAUUUACAACGAGGAAUCAACACAGGAGGAAUCACAGACAGAUUUCAGUGUCAAACGCAACCCGUACGUAGAAUUCACCUUACUAUGGGCUUCGUGUAACUCCACCUUCACUGUAUACGUUCUACGAUUAACGAACCUUCCGCCGAAAUAUGUCGGUUGUAGCUGUUCUUUGAUCAUCAAGCUGGUUCGUCCGAAGAUAACAAUGAGCAAGACAUCCGUCAGGCUACAGAAUGUUGAUCUGAACCCCGAGUACUCUCAGGUGUUUACUUUUGCAGACGUGAGCCUCAAAGACCUCCAACUUAGCGAUCUCAAGUUCGAGGUCAUAGCGAGGAGAAGCGGUCAUCUGCUGAACAAGCCCGUAGCUGACCUCCUCGUGCCCUUGAGUAAGGUCAAACUCGAGGCGGAUAAACCAGUCACAGCCUUGGAGCCUUUGUGCCUGAGGAAAAAGGACGCAGCUCCAGACCGGAACGGGCGAAGAGCCUCGGACGCGAACUGGGGCGAAAUCCAGGUCUUGGCCCAGUACAAGGAGACCGGGAGUUCGCAGGGAAGAGUGAAGAUCGUGGUUCUGAAGGCGCAAAGCACGGUGGUCAGUGCGAAGAAUUCGGGCGAGUACCACGUGGAAGUGAUCAUGAGGAAAGGCGAGGAAGUGCAGGAAGUUACCACCACAAAAGCGGCGCUCGGACUGAAGCCGGUGUGGAAUGCGCCGUUUAUCUUCGAUGUGUCGCAGGAGAAGAUAAGCGAACACUGGAUAGAACUCAACCUGAUACGCCUGGGAUGGACCAAGAGGAAGGCGACCCUCGGCCAAGCCUUCCUCGGCCUGGGCACGACGCCAAGGGGCUCCCAGCACUGGCAGAGUAUUGCCGAGUGCCCGGGCCGGGAGGUGACCCUGUGGCACCCGGUGGUUCAAGAGGAGUGAGGGAAGGA